AUGUGUCGAGAGGGGUCAAAAUCUUUGCAGGAUUUUGGCAAAACAUUAGAUUUGCGCAACAAACCAAAGAAAAGCAACAGGCAAAUCGCCCAGAAAACUGUGUCCUCCAAACUUGAAAACACAAGCUGUGCACGAAUCCCUAACAAGAGUGACGGAGUAAUGGGCAGCUUACGAUGCACAGCAGUGCCUUUACAUCUGGCAAUGCCCUUCAAAAUAGACGACAGACGCCAGUUCCCUGUCAGUGGAUUGGGAAACCCACACUCAAUGUGCAGAAUGCGAAUAAUGUUAAGAUAUUGUUUUAUGGAAUUGACAGCCAGACGUCUGGCCAGAGUUAUGAAUCCUACACCAAUUGUUGAUCGUGAAAGGAACACGAUUGUGAUGGUGUUUAUUUCUUUGGAUCCACUGCUUUGGGAAAAAGACAUACACGAGAAUGGAGUAUACAAUCAAACUGUACAAAUGACAUUGAGCACAGAUCUUGGCAAAACUUGGGCUGAACCAAUGGAUAUAACAUCAAGUACCUUAGGAUCCAUCAAACCAACAGCAGCCAUGUUUGCACCAGGGCCUGGUCAUGGUAUACAGUUAAGAUCAGGAAGAUUAAUAGUGCCUGGUAAUGUGUAUAUUAAAGAUAGAAGAG